AUGGGUGAAAAAAAUGAUGGUUUGGGCUUGAGUUUGAGCUUGGGAUAUGCUUCACAACAAAAUCAUCAACAGCAGCCAUCUAUGAAGCUAAAUCUCAUGCCUUUGCCUUUGCAAAACAAUCAUAAAAGAACUCCCUGGACUGACCUCUUUCAAUCAUCUGAUAGAACAUGCGAUACGAGGUUGUUUCAACGAGGAAUCGACAUGAAUAGGUUACCAGCUGCAGUGGCAGAUUGUGAUGAUGAAACUGGGGUUUCUUCACCAAACAGUACGCUAUCAAGCUUAAGUGGUAAAAGAAGCGAAAGAGAACAGAUUGGAGAAGAAACAGAAGCAGAGAGGGCCUCUUGCUCUCGCGACAGUGAUGAUGAAGAUGGUGCUGGUGGUGAUGCUUCUAGGAAGAAGCUGAGACUCUCAAAGGAACAGUCUUUACUGCUUGAAGAGACUUUCAAGGAACAUAGUACUCUUAAUCCUAAGGAAAAGCUAGCUUUGGCAAAGCAGUUGAAUCUCAGGCCUAGACAAGUGGAGGUGUGGUUUCAGAACAGAAGGGCAAGGACUAAGUUGAAGCAAACUGAAGUCGACUGCGAAUACCUAAAGAGGUGCUGUGAAAAUCUAACUGAGGAGAACAGGAGGUUACAGAAGGAGGUGCAAGAGCUUAGAGCAUUGAAACUUUCCCCACAACUCUACAUGCACAUGAACCCUCCCACCACUCUCACCAUGUGCCCCUCAUGCGAGCGCGUUGCUGUCUCAUCGGCAUCAUCAUCAUCAUCUUCUGCCGCUGCCAUGUCCUCUGCUCUUGCUCUUGCUCCAAUAGCCUCAACCCGCCAACCACAACGACAGGUGCCCAUUAACCCUUGGGCAGCAAUGCCUAUCCACCAUCGAAAUUUUGAUACUCCUGCUUCUAGGUCAUGA